GACGUCCUAUGUAAGAUCCAACCGAAGAGGUGGUAAUGAAGAUAAUAAUGAAAUCCAGAAGAUGUGGCUUUCCGGGUCACCCUAAAAUCACGUAUGAAACAUUCAAUGAUUGCACCAGCCAACCACAGUGGCGCAAUGGAAAUCUGCUUCUCCCGCCGCAGAUUUCAGUAAAGCUCCAGAUGCUGGUGGAAGGCAAUCCGCAGACCCGCAAUUAAAUAAGCACCUGGCUGCAGCUAGACAGACUGCCUGCUAGAGGGACUGCGUGUUUUGCUGAACCUAACGAUUACCCCCAACCCCUGCGGAGCCCAUCGCCACAGCUUACGCCUGCCAAGCCAGCUCUCUGAUCGCCGCGGCGCUCGGAUGCGAGUAUGACGAGGUCAGAUAUGCUGAAAUGAGGAAGCCUGUGACACAAGAACUCGUGAUUCGUCUCUCACAAGACCAAAAGCAGAACCCUGCCUGCCCUUCGCACUAACCACGGCUUCUCAGGGCAGCUUACCGGCAAACGCUUCACUCGCACACAGCCUGAGGUGUCUCCUCUGGCUUCUGCAAGUUUCGCCACUGCAGAGGAAUUCCAGGUCCAGCUGGUCAUGCGCAAGCCUCAGGUUUCCUGUUUCACAGGCGUUGAGCCUUGUCGCUCAACAGCUUGAUCGAAACAUCUUGUCAUACGCACUCUUUGCUUUGGCAUGGAGGGAAGCAGAUCAGAAACUUCUGCAGCCGAAGCGAGUGAGGAAAUAAUUUAUACUUCUGUCAAAUUCUCUCAGACUCCUCCGCCGAGGGCCAAAGCUGCACAGGAAAAAAGAGCUCCCUGUCUGUGGCCAGCAGUUGUGCCGGGCUUGGCUAUAGGCUUUGGGAUACUGAGCAUCUCCCUAGCAAGUGCUUUGAUUUGGAAGAUGAGUGACUGCCACCCACACUGCCCUGAACAGUGGGUGGCCUACAGAGGGAGCUGCUACUUCUUCUCCAAGGAGAAGAAAGACUGGUUUUCCAGCCAGAAAUUCUGCCGGGCACAGGGAGCUCAUCUCCUGGUGAUCAGCGAUACCAGCGAAAUGAACCUGUUCAACAAUAUUCAAACAGGGUGUUUCUGGAUUGGACUGAGGAACAGAACAGGCUCUGGAUGGAUUUGGGAAGACGACUCCAUGUUCAGUGUCACCAAGGUCCUCUCUAACAGCGCUGUGCAACACUGUGUUGUCCUGAUGAAAGAUCACCUUCAGGCCUCCAGCUGUGAAUUUUCUGCUCCAUGGAUCUGUGAGAAAUCUCUUAGAUAAAUCCCAUGUACAUUUGCAUCUCAUAACCAUCUCAUCAGUGGUACAAGUGGAUCAUUGUCUUGCUAACCAAAGCUCUACACAAGACCAAGGACUUGCCCUUUCCACACCCUCACAAAGGUGUUUUGCAGCAACAGGUUUGUUGCCCAUAAGGGUGAGUUAUCCUCAGUAGUAGAUGCAUUCUCAGUCCACACAUCUUGGAUUACUGCUGUUUGUGACCAGAUGAGACCUGGGACAUAUUCCCUGGCCUAGUUUGCCUUAUUUGUCCUGUAAGGGCAAACAAAAGUUUUGUUACAACAGGUGCUGGGUCUUCAGAUCUCUGAGGGUGAGCUGGCCAUUUUCCUCUGGUCCUGAACAUCAGAUUUCAUUUCCAUUCCCUGCAUCUCCAUUGUCUGGUGCCAGCAGGACCAGGAAAAUGAAGCCUGCUGUUCACUGCCAGAAACAUCUAAACAGACUUCUCCCAGUGGCAGCUUCUCCUUUUGCAUCCCAGUGCUAUGAGUGGGAGAGAAGGUGGUGAAAUGAGACUAGAACUUCUGUAAAUCCAGCAGUGAAAAUAAACCUCCAGUACUGCACUGGACCAAAAGUG